AUGUGUAAUGUACCUGAAUUUGCAAUUCCAGAUGAUGAUAUAAUUAAAUUAUAUGAUUUAACAAAUUUAUGUGAAACAGAUUGUGAUGACAAUCCAUAUGCAUCACCAGUUGCUGCAUUACUUUAUAAAAUGGCAUAUAAUAUUGUAUUAAAUUCUGAUCAUGAAAAACGUUUAAAAGAAUCUGGUACAAUAAGUACAUUACUUAAACAUUGUCUAGCUAUACUUGAUUCAGCAACGAGUAUUUUGUAA